AUGUCUCAACCACCCAAACCGGCCCCGCCGAAACAACAAAAACCGCAAUCCAAAACCCACUCCCUCACCUUCGAGAAAAAGAACCAAGACAUGAUCAAACUCCCCAAAUACGCGCGCGUCCAAAAACGCCCCAUCCCCCACGCCCCGAUCGCAUCCCCCUACGCCGGCUCCAACGUCCCAAAGACCGUCUACGUAUCCACGAAAUCCCCCUUCAUGAGCGCGGUGAAGCGCGUCCAGAAGCUCCUCCGCCAGGCGGAGAAACGCGCCACGGCGUCCGUGGAGCUGUCGAACAGCAAGGUGCGCGAUCGGCAGCGUCUCGCGCAGGUAGCGCGGGCCGGAGAACAGGUCUGUCAGGAGGAGGUGUUUGUGAAAGCGACGGGGCGGGCGAUGGAGAAGGCGUUGAGCGUGGGGCGGUGGUUUGAGGAAAGGGGGGAGGAGUAUACGGUGCGGGUGAAGACGGGGAGUGUGCUGGUUGUGGAUGAUGUUGUUGAGGAUGAGGAGGCGAGGAGGAGGGCGGUUGUUGAUGAUGAAGGGGAGGAGGGCUUGAACAAGGUGCAGGGGGGUAAGGAGGGGACGAAGAAUACUGGGAAUGAGGAUAUGGAAGGGGAUGCUGCGAAACCGCGGUCGAAGACAGCGGCGAAGAAACGGAAGCGCACGGCCAAUGCGGCGGCGAAGAUCGGGGAGGACGAGGAGUUGCCGGAGACGAGGACUCGAUGGGUCAAUAUGGUUGAGGUCGCGGUGGCUUUGAAAUGA